AUGGCUCGGAAAGUGGCUUCCUGCUGCCUGGCCGCUGCAUCGGCCCUGCUGCUGAUUGCCCUGCCGACCGCGUUCAUCCCCUCGCCAGCAAGACAAGGUGCUGUUGCCGCCGCUGCUGUGGCAGCAGGCUCUGCCACCCUGCCUGCUUGGGCUUAUGACCCGCAGAUGACGGACGCGCAAAUCUUGCUGGCACGUGUCCCCGGAGGGAAGCGCACUCAGGAGCUGGGAUUGGUCAUCCCCAUGGCUGACGAGGAUGGCUUGACGGAUGGACAGGUUGCAGGCCUGUUCGUCAUUGCCUUGGUCGUUUUCAUCUCCGCCAUGGAUCUAGCAAAGACCAUGUACAACGGCAUCAACCCGGCCAAGUUCAAGACCAGCAAGGGCAAGGGCUACAUCUCCCCUUUGGUGAAGCGCUACAUCGAGAACGGGUUCUGA